UGGGGGGGGGAGGAGAGGAAGGGAUUAUGUGAUCUAGCAAGCCACAGGCUUGUCUGGGGUGUGGACUUAAAAAGAGGGCUGGGUAAAAGUGGGCGGACAGAUAGUUCCUAGUGUUUGUGCAUUUAGACUCUGAGUCUGAAAUUAGUGAUCUUGAGAGCAGGAGGAAUUAGACCUGAAGAGACACACAGCCGUCAAACACAUCGUCAUCAUGCUGAUUCUCCUCGCUGGCAUCUUUGUCCUUCACAUUAUAGGCAUCAUCCUCCUCCUGGUGGCCACCAUUGACAAUGCCUGGUGGAUGACUGACACGGUGUCCACUGACGUGUGGGCCCGGUGGAUACUUCAAAACGGAGUGUGGAACUACACCGCUCUUCCCACAGGUUCACACUACCCAGAGGAUUACCUCCAGGCAGUGCAGGCCAGCUCAGUGCUAGCGUGUAUAUUCUCCGGCCUGGGCAUCUUUGUGUUCGUGGCUCAGCUCUUCACCCUCCAGAAAGGACAGAGGUUCACCAUCUCCGGCAUCUUUCAGCUCCUGGCCUGCCUGUGCAUCAUGAUCGCAGCCUCCAUCUACACAGACCGCUUCCACCUGGACGAGAGCACCGGUUGGUAUGGUCACUGCUACAUCCUGGCGUGGAUCUCCUUCGCUAUCACGUUCAUCUCCUCCAUCAUUUACUUUGUGCUACGCAAGAAGACAGCGUGAGACGGACACUAGAGCUAUCUCCAAACCAGCCCCAAACCCUUCAGCUGAAUCUACCCUUUCAGCUGAAAUCUGUUUUUCUAGUCAUGGUGUAAACAGUGUUUAUACUUGCUUGUUUUGGACACAUCAGAUUUGCGCUGCUAGUGUAUAUUCAGCCACAGAUAUGACCUGUUGAUCCUCUCAAAUAUGUACCCGUGUUUGAUUGAGUCUGCUGUCAGACAGACAGGGUUUUGCAAUUUUAGGCUAUGUCCACUCUUGGUGUCUUUUUUACAGCUGAUAUCGUCUGUUUUGCAUUUUAAUCCUAUGGAGUAAACCGGGUUUUCAACAAAAGUUCUGAGUGAUUUUUUAAAUGCCACUGACAACUUUUUUUCCUCGAGCUCAGGGCAUCUUUUGGAAGUUGAAAAAAGUUUUACUUUUCUAAAAAAAAAAUGUGAUAACUAACGUUAGCAGCACUGCUCCCUCUCUAGCUCGCUCCACCACUUUGUUUAUCUAACGUUAGCACCGUUACACAUAGCGCUCUAGGAUGCUUUAGCAGUAGCUAGCUUUAGGAGUGUUCAUAUGUUGGCACUAAAAGGCAAGCUCAAUCAAUCACAGUUGUAUUUGAGGUUGGGUUGGAUUUCCAACGAUUAAGAAUAGUUUUGUUAUUAACUGAACAGAUUUUGCCUAACGAUAUUAAAUGCUAUGAUAAAUUAAGCUCCAUCAAUAUUUCCAAUAUUUUAACAAAAACGGGUUGGCGAGUAAAAUCUGGGGCCUUUUUUUGUAAUGUACAUUUACAUAUGGAUAUUUAGUGUUGGAAAAAAUGGGCAGAGUUUACAAUUUUAGUUUAUUUUUUUUCCUUGAUAUUGUAUUGUUAGUAGAUGGAUUUAAUGUCACGUAUCUGCUUUGGUUUUAACAUCACAUAAUGCACCGCUAAUCCAACAGAGGAUGGCAUCAUCGGCAAAGCUGUGCAAGUCUCAAAAAGUCUUUAAAAAACACUUGUGUGUCAACUGUUACAGAUUUGUGUGUGAUCAAAGGGGAUAUGUGAUGAUGUAUAAUAUAAAAUCAGUAAAAUAAUA